CUGGUUGAUCCUUCCCCUGUUCGCGUGGCGCAGUUUCCAACCUCAAUUGUGAAGAUUAACGGGAGCACAGUCAGUUUCAUCAAAAUCAGAACUUCAAAAGAUGGAAGGACGACAAAUGCAUUUCGUUGAAGGAGAAAAAAAAUCUUAAAAAGCGAGAGGAUAAAGAUCCCAAGCAUGCCUGGAUUUUCCAUUCAUUAAUUUUUGGCAAAGAUGUGGAUGAAAAAAGGCUGGGAUUUUGUAUGGCUGCUAGCUUUUCCUAUGGGAAAAAACGAGCAAGCCCCACCAGCCAAACAAAAAGAAGUUGUUUCUGCAUUGUAUCUGUGAUUGUUUGCCAAUAGUUCUUUGAAACGAGCGAAACAGGGGAAAAGAAGCUCUGUUCUUGCCAUUUCGCAUCGAUUCAUGGUGGCUCUCGCCCACGGCAGCUCUCAACUCCUCCACUGCCCGCCGCCGCCCGGGCGCCUCCGCCCCCCGCGGCGGAGAGCCGUCGUGAGGUGCGGAAUCGCCGAGCCGUCGGGGGAGCCGGCUCCGAUGGGGCAGAAGACGAAGUACAAGGACGGGUUCUUCGAGAAGGCGUUCAUGACUCUGUUCGCUCGCAAGAUGGAGAAGUUCGCGGCGUCACCGGCUAGGGCCCGAGGGGGCGGCGACGGCGGGGUCGAGAGGCCGAAAGGGUGGCUCGAGUACGACUACGAGAGCUUCGUGGACGUGUCGAAGAGGGUAAUGCAAGGGAGGUCUCGGGCUCAGCAACAGGAAGUGGUCCGAGAAGUGCUCAUGUCGAUGCUGCCUCCUGGUGCUCCUGCUCAGUUUAGGAAGCUGUUCCCACCAACAAAGUGGGCUGCCGAGUUCAAUGCUGCGCUCACUGUGCCUUUCUUCCACUGGUUAGUUGGGCCUUCCGAGGUUGUGGAGGUAGAAGUAAAUGAAGUGAAGCAAAAAAGUGGAGUGCACAUUAAAAAGUGCAGGUACUUGGAGAAUAGCGGUUGUGUAGGGCUGUGUGUAAACAUGUGCAAGAUCCCCACUCAGGAUUUCUUCACCAAUGAAUUCGGGCUACCCCUCACCAUGAUUCCGAAUUUUGAAGAUAUGAGCUGUGAAAUGGUGUAUGGUCAAUCUCCCCCGCCAUUUGAAGAGGAUCCUGUGUCUAAGCAACCUUGUUUUGCAGAUAUUUGCUCAAUGUCAAAUCCUAGCGCUAGCAUCUGUCCGAAACUGCAAGCGUGACAAAUAUCUCGUGAGCUUUUUUUAUUUACACUGCAGAUUCAUGUAUCCAGUGCAGUUGAUCAUAUCCACAGAUUAGGGUUCAACACGUCAAACCAUUUUUAUACCAGUUCUCAAGUAUGUCUCAAUGCGGAAGGAGAGAUGCGGAUUACACGUUUGUCGUCAUUUAUCUUGGAAAUAUACAAGGAAGGUAUUGCUAAGUCCACCAUUAGUCUGUAUAAUUAAAUCCUGCACCUGACUCGAUGUACAUUCUCAUGGGAAUAUGUCCUUUUACCACUCGAUGUACAUUUAGAAUAUGUUGUAUGUUACUAUCACAAAUGGUGCCCGACACUGACAGGUGUUAUGCAGUAUGACGAUCUGCUCUUCACAACCUCAGUGAAUCAGUUACAUUGAGGUUCAGGUUAUUCGAAUAGCUGAUGAGCUAGAAGAGUGGAUAAUAUGCUUAUUCUUGGGAUUGCAUCAGGA